AUGAAAUCCGCAGUGCUCUGGAGCUUUACGCUAUUCUCAAGCAUCCCGUCAGUUUUAGGGCUAGAUGCGAGCAAUCUGCCCGAUUGCGGUGGGGGCUGCCUGGAACCUAGCUAUCUGGGCUCGGGAUGCGCCGACCUGCAGUGCGUCUGCCAGCGAGACCAAGAGCUUCAGGCAUGUCUUCUCUUCGCCCAAACGCCGUCGUCUCCGAGCUUAGCUAACCAUUGUGGACGGCAGAAACUCUUCCAAUGCCUCUUCACCAACUGCAAUGCCGAGGACUACGUUCCCGCCAUCAAGCAAAUCACGGCUGCCUGUAUCAACUCGACCGUGACGUCGACGGUUCACAGCCUUAUAGGGACCCAAGACCCCAGCAACAUCACGGCCCGCGGCUCUCCCAUACAACUCAAUGUCAAUCUUCAAAUGGCGUACGAGGGUGUUGCCGAACCAGCCAUCACUGGCACGCCGGUUGUUGUCAAUGACAAGUCAGCAGUCACCGACGCAUUGCCUGAUAUCUCCCUGGGCAAUCAGUCCCCAGUCGAGAUGAACAUCAACCUCAAUUACGGAAGCAACAAGCCUGGCACCGCGACAACGUCUAGCAACCCCGCUGCCGUCGCUGCCCGGCGACUCCUCGGUAACUCUAUCAGUCUCGUCAACGACACGUCUAUCCAUCUCGACUGCCCCCCUGGACAAAACCCCAACGGUGGAAUUCACGACCCAAGUCCUUUCGUGACGAGCGGGCCUCCUUCAAACAACGGCAACGGCGGCCCGCCGGGGCCAUCUGUCACAAGUGGACCUGCCGCUCCCGGCCCAGGCGCUGGCAACCCGGGAGGCAACGGACAAUCGCCGCCCUGCCCACCCGAAGGUGGCCCUGGAAAUGGGGUUGGCAAUGGGAAUGGUGCACCUCCUCAGGUCACAGUUACCGUUGCUAUUCCACAAACGGAGCUGGGACAUAUGGAUCUGGUGCUGGAUCUGGUGCUGGAUCUGGUGCUGGAUCUGGUGCUGGAUCUGGAAAUGGAGGCUUCCCGAACGGCUGGGGCCCUGUCGGGAAUGGCGCCGGUACUGGUGCUGGGCCUGCACAGUACGGACCACCAGCUCCAGCUUUUCCUCCUCCAGCUCCAGCCUCUCCUUCUCCAGCUCCAGCCUUUCCUCCUCCAGCUCCUGCUUUUCCACAACCAGCUCCGGCUUUCCCUCAAGCAGGCGGGCCGGCAUGCGCAAAUCCAGCGCCCCAACCGGCUCCCAUGGGUCCGCCUUUCAAUCCAGGCGCAGAGUCUGGAACCCCCAAUGGCAAUGGCCUGGGAAACGGAUUGGGGGGAUCACCACCUUGCCCUCCUGGCCCGGACUUCGGAAACGGCAACGGAAAUGGGAAUGGUAACGGCUGGCCGGCUCCAGGUUUGGGUCAUUAUCAUGGGAACGCCAAGUCCCGAGGCAGUUGUCCCAACAACAUGUCCUUCGCCCCCACCUCCGCCUCCGCCUCCGCCUCCACCACCUCCACCACCUAUGCCGGCAGCCCCGCCCAUGUCUCCGUGGCCCAUGGCUCCGGCUCCAUGGCCAGCAUCUCCGCCGCCCCCACCCCCUCCUCCGCCGCCUCCUCCGCCACCGCCACCAAUGUACGGCCCGCCACCUACUCCAUGUGCAUUCUACGAAGCGAAGGCCGCUGCAGAAGUUAGAGCACCUGAAUUCGUCACGGUCACUGUCGCCGUUCCAGGAGGUAAUCAGUACGACCAGACCCCUGCAGUCGUCGGCGGUUACGGCAGCCCAGGAUCGGCCCCAGAACGGCUGUGGUCCAGCUUGGGAGUGCUCAUCGCUUCUGCUGUUGUGAUGGUCGUAUUCCAUCUUGAUCUGGUGUCUCUUCCCGUGCAUGGCCUCUACUCGUUCUUCUCGCCAGCUGAAAACUCGUCCAACUGCGGCCGCUCUUGCACUGCAAAUUUUAGCCCCAAGGAGGCCAAGUUGCGACAUGUGAAUUGGUUGAAACAUGAUCAAACACUGGACGAGGAGCUUUGGAGAUGGAUUAUUGCCGGUAGAUAUAGCAGCCCCGGCGAGGGCGCCACCUGA